CCGUUUUAGGCGAAAAUGGGUCCCCUAGCGCAAAACACCCGUAUAAUGGGUGUAACUUUUGAAGGAAGCAAAUUGGGCAGAUAUCCUCUUAGGCUUUUUCAUAUCUCCAUAUGACCUAUCGAUCGGCACAUGAACGGGCGAAAUCGGAUUUCGGCACCUGGGAAUGUUCCCUCGUUAGUUGAUUUGGCUGGUUUAGACAAAAUGUCAAAUGCAUUUGGUUUCAUUCUACUUGUACAAGGUAUUGCUAUUGCAAUUGGUUUACCAUUUGUUGGUUUCUUACGUGAAAAAAUUGAUACAUAUUUAGUCCCAUAUAUUAUUGUUGGUCUUGUUAUUGCACUGAGUGGUAUAAUGCUAUUUAUUAUACCAUUUUUAAAAAAGUCAGCAAAACCAUUAUCGAUAACAAAAAUAGAAACAGUGGUUACUUCUACUGAAGAUGGUGAUGGUGAUAUUGACUAUUGUAAAUCAAUACCAGUUUAG